AUGGCAGACGAGCAACCGCCGCCACCGCCGCCACCGCCGCCACCGCCGCCGCAAGACAUGGAUCCUGAAAAGGUAGAGGAGCUCUCUAGACGUCCACCAAAGCGAGUCGCUGACGAAGACCUUUCGCAGAUCCGUGCAAAGCGCCUUGCGAAGCUCGGGGGCCCCGCGAAUCCGAAUGGAAGCUCACAGUCCGCUUCAGCAGCCCCGUCAGCCCCGUCAGCCCCGUCAGCCCCGCCAGCCCCAGCAUCGAGCAGCUCGUCGCCGAAACCUUCAGAAGCCCAAGCACCGCCGCCGAAACCGUCGCCUCAGCCCGCACCGGCCGCGAACCCUUUCUCUCAGCUGGGAAUAAAGGCGGAAGGCGCGCCCAAGUCUUCCAUCAACAUCAAGCCCAAGGCCGCGCAACCGUCAAGUAGCGGGCCCCCAUCACAGCCUGCAGCCAAGGCCCAGGACGUCAGUAUCGAGACGUGGGAGGAUCGUACACUCGGCAGCAUCUUCCGGAUAACUCUGGACCAGACCCGUACACAAGACACGCAUGGCCACAGCUUGUACUUUGCAUCCACGACCAAGGAUGAUUUGGAGGCAGAUGGCAAACCGCUUCGCUUCACCACGGACAUGCUGGAUUCAGUUAUCCUCGAGUCAGCGUCGAGCCACAGCCAAGGCUCAGCAUUGGAAUAUCUGCUGGGCUGCUGGAAGCGCGUGUCCAAGCAGUUCAAGAGCCUGACCAGCAAGAGCGACCCAAAGCACGAGAUCGUCAAGGAAGCUCGACGGCUAUGUUUCAGCUACUGUAUCUUUGCUGCGACUAUCCCAGACAUGUUCGGCGAAGAGAUGCCUCCCACAAACGCGCUGGCUGACCACAUUCUGCUCGGUCCCGAUGACGACCGUGGUAUCUGCUACGACUUCCUCACAGAGGCUAGCCACCGAAUGGGCGAAGACGACUCUGUAAAAGAAGCUUUGGUAAGUGCCAUGGAAGAUGUGAGUCGACGACUAGUCAAGGUUUCCAUGAAUGGUGACUAUAGGCCGUUCAUGCUCGUGCUUCGAGUCUUCAUUCGCUUCCCACCACUUGUAGCGGCGCUGGCACAGUCCGAAACGUUUCUGCCCACGGACAUAGAGGCGCAACAGAUUGAGACAAGCUCUUUUCUGGGCCCAUUCUUCCGUCUGUCCCCCAUGCAAGGCGAAGUCGCACUCAACUAUUUCGCUGGUUCCGCAUCCCAAGACAAGGGCCUGAUUGCAAACGCUCAGCGCGCUCUACGUAUGACGCUCCAAACCCAUCAGGAUGAGUUGCUUGACAUUGCCAAUGCCUUCAUCAAGAACAAGGAGUCGCGAGAGAAAAUGCUGGACUGGUUCGCCCUGACCGUAAACAAAAACCACAAACGACGCGCUAUGCAGGUUGACCCCAAGGUUGUUUCGUCUGACGGAUUCAUGGUCAAUGUUACCGUCAUUCUCGAUCGUCUAUGCGAGCCCUUCAUGGAUGCAUCUUUCUCCAAGAUUGAUCGUAUCGAGGUUGACUAUUUACGGCGAUCGCCACGCGUUGAUAUCAAGGAUGAAACCAAGAUCAAUGCGGAUGACAAGGCUUCAGAAGAGUUCUAUAGCGAAAGCGCGAGCGGCACGAAUAACUUUAUCAGUGAGGUUUUCUUCCUAACUGUGGCUGCGCACCACUACGGAACUGAGGCCGCGAAUGCGAAGCUGUCCAACCUACAAAAGGACGUAAAGUAUCUCACAAAGGAGCUUGCCAGGAUUGAGACCGAGCGCCACAAGUAUGCCUCAAAUCCGGCACAACUGGCGAUAUUCGACAAUCAUGUGCAGAAGCUCAAACAUCAGAUUGAGCGGGGCCAGUGUAUCAUAUUGGCGAUCCAGGGUGUCUUGCUUGAUGAGACUACUCAAGCUCGCUCGAUGCAGCUCAUGCGAUAUGUAAUUGUAUGGCUUUUGCGGCUCGCGUCGCCAGGUACAGCCUUUCCGAAACAGGAAUUGCAGUUGCCGCUACCCAAAGAGCAGUCUACAGCGUUCAAGUGCCUCCCGGAGUACUUUGUCGAAGAUAUUGUUGGUAAUUUCAAGUUCAUCACGCGAUGGAUGCCGCACAUUGUUACCUCAACCCAGUGCGAGGAGCUGGUGAAGAUUUGCAUCGCAUUCUUGAGGAGUUCAGAAUACAUCAAGAACCCAUACCUCAAGUCUGGCCUAGUCACAAUUCUCUACCACGGUGUGUGGGCCAUCCCUGGGCGACCCAAGGGUGUGCUCGGGGACACCUUGUUUGCUCACGACUUUGCGACAAAGCAUCUGCUGCAUGCAUUGAUGAAGUUCUACAUUGAGUGUGAGAGCACUGGGACUCACACGCAAUUCUACGACAAGUUCAAUAUUCGCUACGAGAUAUUCCAGGUAAUCAAGUGUAUAUGGCCGAACACCAUGUACCGGGAGAAUCUCGCGACAGAGGCAAGGGUCAACCUCGCAUUCUUCGUCCAGUUCGUCAAUCUCCUCCUCAACGACGUUACUUUCGUGCUCGACGAAUCCUUCACAGCCUUCAAGGAAAUCCAUGACAUUUCCAAGCUUCUCGAAGACUCACCAGCAGACAUGGACCAAGCCGCCCGACAAGAAAACGAAGAAAAGCUGUCCGCAGCCCAAGGCAAAGCCAAAUCAUACAUGCAACUCACCAACGAAACAGUCGCCAUGCUCAAGCUCUUCACCGAAGCGCUUGCAGACUCCUUUACGAAGAAGGAAGUUGUUGUACGUCUAGCUCAUAUGCUCGACUACAACCUCGAAGCUCUUGUCGGUCCCAAGCGUGCAUCCCUGAGGGUUAAGAACCCAGAGGACUACGGCUGGAAUCCGCGGCAGAUGCUGGCUGAAGUCACAGAUGUAUACCUGAACUUGCAAGGCAAGCAGUCUUUCAUCGAAGCUGUGGCUACAGAUGGACGGGCCUACCGCCCAGAAUACUGGACCGAAGCUCAUCGCACCCUGGCACGUUAUGCGCUCAAGAGCCCUGAGCAACUAAAGGAGUGGGAGAACAUGGCAUCAGCAAUCGAGACCGCGAAAACACGUGCAGAUAUUGAAGAAGCUGAUUUGGGUGAAAUCCCAGACGAGUAUGAGGACCCGCUUAUGGCGACGCUCAUGGAAGAUCCUGUCAUCUUACCGAUCAGUAAGAUCGUCGUGGACCGCAGCACGAUUCAAAGCCAUCUGCUGAGUGAUCCCCAUGACCCGUUUAACCGCACGCCGCUCAAACUGGAGGAUGUCAUUCCAAAUGACGCGCUGAGAGAUGAGAUUGCGAACUGGAAGGCGAACCGCCUGGCGCAGAAAAUUGAGGAGCGUAGAGUAGCGGAGGCGGGUGGCGAACCGAUGGAUACAUCAUAG